AUGAAAGGUUCUUUAGCUAGAGAAUGGUCUCUAUGGAACCAAUUACAACAGGGUUACUCCAAAUUCACUCCGGAAGAGAGUGAGCAAGAAAAAGAACUCAAUCCCAUCGAAUUGGACGCUGAUGAGACUGUCACUUUCGACGAAAAGCACCCAUUAACAUAUGUUCACAAAGAUCCACCUUCAACUUCUGAUCGGCAUUUCAAGAAGUUUAUAAAGGCUGUCUUUAUCCUCGAGUUCAUUGGAUCUCUGUUUGCUCUCUUUGGGCUGUUGAGAACCAAGACAACUUUUAUUACACCUGGUUCCCACCAGUUCUCCGGUGACCAGACUGUUAUUGGCACCUACGGAAAUGACUCAAAGCCUGUUCCCCACGAAUUCAUCGAGAUUCCUGUACUACCGGCCCUUGAAUAUGGAAGUCCGGUUUACCAGCAGAGUCUUCUUAAUGCUACUUUCGAGAACUCCUGGGGUCAUCCGGCUAUAAUCAAGUAUUCCCCUCCUCCUCAGGGAGCAAACUUUUCUCAGGUGGUGCUUACUUUAGAUUUGUGGGUCGAUGGUGUUCAAUUUGAUCGCCUUUUUCACGUUUAUAUCGGAGGAAGCGAGAUUUGGAGGUCUAGCACCCCUGAACCUGCCGGUAAAUACUCCCACACCUUUUCCCAGAAGGACGUCUCCGUCUACCAUCGGUUGUUCCGCAAAGACACCAAACUUAUGGUACAAUUGGAUAACUUGAUCAACUCCCGGUUGACGGGAACCUUCAACAUCUCUUUGAAUGCCUUCUACUAUAACAAUCCUCGGAACGCUUCUCUAAUUCCUCACAAGCAUAUUGAGGAAAGUGAAACGGAACCGGCUCAAGAGUCUGAUUUCUUCACCAACGACGUCGGUGAUGUCGUUAUUCCGGGUCUUGGCGAUUCUGUUUUCUACAGAGAGGAAGGUGCCAGUCACGUGAUUCCUCUCGUUGAAGCUCCAGACGGAAGACCUCCUUUGAUUUACUAUCCUGACACUGACUUCAAGUUGUCUUUGCCAAAACUUGCCAAAAAUACUACAAAGGUUAAAUUGAUGGUUUACAGUUCCGGUAAUGCCGGCGAGGAGUUUUGGUUCUCUAAUCUUAUGGAGGAAUUCAAGGAUCGGUUCAAAAACCAUGGACAUACAUUUGGUGGCCAUGGGCCUUGCAGGGUUAUCAACAUUUACCAUGAUGAUGUGCGUAUAGCCACUGCGAAUCCACUUCCUGUUAUAUUCACCGGUGGCCUAUCUCCAGCUCUCUGGAACCCUGUGGUUUCUACUGGCUCCUACGAUAUCAAAGCAAUCGAAUUUGAUAUCACUACCAUACUACCAUAUCUAUGGGAAGAUAGUAUUCAGUUAAAAAUUGAUGUGUCAAACUGCCUUGAUGAUGAUUUGAAACUUGGCGAAGAGCCUUCUGGUAUUAGUUCUAACUGGAUUUCUUCCGCCAACCUUGCAGUGUGGGAGAACGAAUACAUUGCUGACAGUUCUGGGGAGAUUUUGAGCAUUGACAACACUACCAAAGUUUCGUCUUUUGCCUUUGAGCCUCCAUUUGCUGGAGUCCUCAACCAGAUAGUCAAUGCCAAGUUCACUAAUCAGAUCAGAACACACUUCAACUAUACUCUACUUAACGGAACCUCCAUUGAUUUUAUCUCUGAAAAUUAUAAAAAAGUUAAACAGAGCAACAUUCAACUUGUAAAGAGUUUUGGUGACAAACAGAAAGUCAUCUCGGUGCCUCAAAGUAAAGCAUCCUUUGCCAUUUUGGAUCCACUAGACAACUCCACUUCUUUUACUUUCAAUACGAGCAAGAGCUUCCCACUAGUUUUUUCUCUCAACACGAAGCCAAUAGUGGGAUCAGAAACAGAGUACCAGGUAAACAUCACAAAAAAGGCCAGCUACAAGAUUGGUGUCAAUGGCACGAAGAUUCUUCAAUUGAAGGCUAAAGAAAACGGAACUUCCAACUUUACACUUUCUCCUAAUGGAAACCACGGUGUGGGCCGUGUCGAGCAUAACUAUACUGUGUCCAACAUACACGGUCAUGUGUACAACAGACACGCUUUGGGCGACAAUGGCGUCUUGGUGUAUGACAACACUACGAUUAUCAAUGCCCCAGGCACUAAGAGGCUUGAAGAGGUCGAGCUUGAUACGAGCAAAUUAUACUCUACUUCUGACAGAGUCGCUAAACUUAUGAAAGGGCUUGGUGCUGAGGCCUUUGACAAAUUAGGAUUCAUCGAAGAAGAUGAUCCUGAAUUUAUACAGGCAGAUACCGAAGCCCUAGAGACAUUUAUUGAAAUGACUCAACAAAUGCUUGAAGAAAAUGACGGUGCGGACGAGGAUCUGGAACUUUCAGGAACGUACAACGACGGUAUGGGACUUUUUAGACCUGUCUUGUUUGACUAUUAA